ACACUAGAGGCUCGGUCUGCUCGUAGACCGUUAUCCAGGCCAUGGUUCUGGGGUUCCGCUGCCCGCUGCUUGUUUUGGUUAGCUCGGUGUUAGCCCAUGCAUUCUGCUGCCGCCGGUUGUAAGGAUGAAGGCUCUCCCAUAAGGCGGGGGAGCGGGACUGUGUUUUCUGGCUGAACACCGAGUGAAGUGCAGUGGCCAUGGCCGGGGUUUUCGACAUUGAUUUGGAUCAACCGGAUGAGAAUGUCUCUGACGAGGAACUUGAGGACGGGGUCCAGCUCGGUGAAUACAUGGACCAGUGCAGUGGAUUUGAAUUUAACAUGGAUGACUGUGAGAAGUUUGAAAUUUCAGAGAACAGCGUGAACAAGGGAACAGAGCAGAUCAGGCCUGAAUGCUUUGAGCUGCUCAAAGUUUUGGGAAAAGGUGGAUAUGGAAAGGUGUUUCAAGUUCGGAAGGUAUCAGGUGCCACCUCCGGGAAGAUAUUUGCAAUGAAAGUUUUGAAGAAGGCCAUGAUUGUGCGUAAUGCAAAGGACACGGCGCACACUAAAGCCGAGAGGAGCAUUCUGGAGGAGGUAAAGCAUCCUUUCAUCGUGGAUCUCAUCUAUGCCUUUCAGACGGGGGGGAAGUUGUACCUUAUCUUGGAGUAUCUGAGCGGAGGGGAGCUGUUUAUGCAACUGGAAAGAGAGGGCAUCUUCAUGGAAGACACAGCAUGUUUUUACCUGGCAGAGAUCUCGAUGGCGCUGGGUCACCUGCACCAGAAAGGCAUCAUCUAUAGAGACCUGAAGCCUGAGAACAUCAUGCUCAACAACAACGGACACGUGAAGUUGACCGACUUUGGUCUUUGUAAAGAGUCCAUCCAUGACGGAACGGUCACCCACACCUUCUGUGGCACUAUCGAAUACAUGGCUCCAGAGAUCCUGAUGAGGAGUGGACAUAACCGAGCAGUGGACUGGUGGAGUUUGGGAGCUCUCAUGUAUGACAUGCUGACUGGAGCACCUCCAUUCACUGGUGAAAACCGAAAGAAGACAAUUGACAAAAUCUUGAAAUGCAAACUCAGCCUUCCACCUUACCUCACACAAGAAGCCAGGGACCUUCUGAAAAAGCUGCUUAAACGGAAUGCCUCGUUGCGACUCGGGGCUGGACCAGAAGAUGCCGCUGAUGUCCAGGCCCACCCAUUCUUCCGGCAUACAAACUGGGAUGACCUCUUCGCUCGCAGAGUAGAGCCUCCAUUUAAACCAUAUCUGCAAUCGGCUGAUGACGUGAGCCAGUUUGACUCCAAGUUCACCAGCCAGACUCCAGUGGACAGCCCCGACGACUCCACGCUCAGCGAGAGCGCCAACCAAGUCUUCCUGGGUUUCACAUAUGUAGCUCCAUCUGUGCUUGAAAACGUCAAAGAGAAGUUCUCUUUCGAGCCAAAGGUGCGCUCACCACGGAAGUUCCCAGGAAGCCCAAGAACACCUGUGAGUCCGUUAAAGUUUGUCGGAGGGGAAUGCUGGCCGAGGGGACCCCCGCUGACCAGCAGCACUGUGGAGCAACCCAUGGAGGUGUCCACGGUAGAGCAGAUGGACACAAGCAGCAGCAGCGCCUCUGAGGCCUCUGCACCACUUCCCAUCAGGCACCCUUCGGGCAUCAAUGCAGGGUCCUACAAAAAGCAGACCUACCCCAUGAACUGCAAGCGGCCCGCUCAUCUACGAAUGAACCUAUGACGCUCGGCUCACCUCCAAACAUUAGGACUCUUCCAGUUCCUCGUCCUUUCCCCUUUUGUUUCCUUUCAAAGAGACUUGUAGAUUUUAUUUAAUUUUUUUAUUGACUGACACUGUCUGUGCAGAUCACCAGCUCUUCCAGCAGCGCCUUCCCAUCCCUCCUGACUCAACGCGGACUCCUCAGCUUCAUGCAAAUAAUCAGCAGUAGAAGAUAUAGUGAGUCGGAGGAGUUGUGUGAGAGACGCGACUUGCUUGUUGGCUGGCUACUGCCUGCUGACGAAUGGGCUGAGCGGUUUCAUUAUCAUAUGACUUACUGGUGCUCUUUUAUGCUCAAAUCUGGACAUUAGUUUUUAAUGUUAAUGACUAGUUGCCUCCGUCGCCGUGAGAGAAUUUGGUUACAAAGGGCAUUCGUUUCAAAAUGCCCGGCUUUGUUUUUGUAGAACUUGCAGGUUGCACUGUCAGGUAGAAUUAUUGAACAAUUCCACGAUGAACACAGUAUUGUUUUUAUGUUUGAGAAAAUAUUGCCUUUGCCACUGUAGCGUGUGGUUAGGAGUAGGUGAGGCACGACCUACGGAAAAGCAGCUAUAAAAAGAUAGAA